UUAUAAGUUAUAUAACCUACGCAAAUUCUUAAUUGUAAUACUGAAAUGUGAUUACUUUAGUUAUGAGGCAAAAAAAGGACUCGUUACCACAAAUAGCCAAAAUCAGGACACGUUUAAUAAAUACAACUUUUUCUCAACGAGAAAUUGCUAAAAGAAUGAGUAAAACAGUAUAUUUAAAUAUGGCCUACUCAGUUACAGUUACACGAAGAAAUCAUCUACGAAAAAGAAAAAUAGCGGAUAACCUUUCAAACGAACAGCUAAAAGAGUAUCAAGAUGCUUUUCAAAUGUUUGACAAAGACGGUAACGGUUUUAUCACAACAAGGGAGUUGAAAUCUCUGAUGAGGAGUUUAGGGUGCAAUCCUACUGAUUCUGAACUUCAGCAAAUAGUUAACGAAGUGGAUGCAGAUGGUAAUGGAAAAAUUGACUUUCCAGAAUUUAUAUGUUUGAUGGAGAAAAUGACGAAACCUAUGGAAGAACAGGCUAGUACACUAGAAGCCUAUCGAGUAUUUGAUGACGAUGGAGCAGGUUUUAUAAACAGCAAAUGUCUCAGAGAAUCAUUAAUAAGAUCGCUUGAUCAACUGUCUCCGUCUGAGAUUAAUGAUUUGCUUGAUUUUUCGGGGUUAGUCCAGGAUCGGCAAAUUAAUUACGAAGAAUUUGUACGACUUGUUAUACCAAACAGUCUUCUAAACUUAUCUAGUGGCGGAUGCAAAAUAAAUUUAUUAGAAAUGUCCUCAAGAUUAAACUCACCCUCGUUUAGCAAAGAAGAAAAAGAUGACAAGAAAUAAUAACCAAAGCAAUCGCUUUUAUGAAAAAAAAACAAACACAUUUUAUAUCUGCAGCAUAACUGAAAGGAAAUCUUUAAAUGGGUGAAAUCAGCACUGAUGGGUAAAAAGAUUAAAGAAAACAAAGCUUUAAUAUCAAAUAUUAGAAAACGAUGAAAAACAAUAUUCUACUAAAGAAAAUAGAACAUGAAUAUAUUAUUAUUUUUAUAAGUAAUUUG